AUGGGUCCGCCUGAGUUCUACGCGCCCAACGAGGGGGACAUGGAGGAGGUGAUGACGCCCAGAGUCAUACAGCACGGCUACAGAGAAACUGUCCCAGGAGUCGACGUGAGUCUCCCCUCUCCUUCCGUCCCCCCCUGGCCCCAUAUCUGUCCCUUUCCCUCGUGCCCUCCCCGUUCCGCUCCCCCUCCCUCGCUCCUUCAUUUCCCUCUUCGCCUCGCCCCUUCCCCCCUUUCUUCAUUCCCCGUCUUCCCCUCGCCACCCGCCCUCCCCCCCCUCCCUCCAAACCCGACCUGUCUGGUCGCAACGCAAGCGACUGCGUGUGUUGGGGGGCGCAAUACCUUACGGGCUGCUGCAAUAUCGACUUGUGGGACGUCCCAAAACUCGUCCCCCCCGCCCUUCCCCCCUCUCUCCCCUCCCCACCCCCUCUCCCCCCCUCCCGUGCGUAUCUCGGGACCUGACCUGUCUGGUCGCAAGCGGCUGCGUGUGCUGGGGGACGCAGUACCCCAUGGGCUACGCAAGAAGCAGCUGCUGGAGGCGUUGGUGCAGCAGAGGGUGCCCAUGGCGCGGGCUACCUGGUACAUACGCUGCGUGCUUCUCAACCAGGUUCGUCCGGCAGGAGGGCUUGGUGGUGGUGGUAGUGGCGCCAGUGGCUUGGGUGGCAGCAGCAGCCUUGGCGGCGGUGGUAGCCUGGGUAGCAGCAACGCGGAGAGGCAGCAGGUGAAGCGAACCGACCACUGGACGGCCGAUUUGCUAGAGUUUGCCAAGCAGGUGUUAGAGGAGGUGGCUUCUGGGACAGGUACAGCUGCUGCUGCUGCAGUCAAUGCAGCACCAGGGGGUUCUGGCAGUGCUUGUCUCGGGAAUACAGCUGCAGGCACUGCUGCUGCCGCUGCUGCUGCUGCUGCUGCUGUUUCUGGAGUUGCUGGGGUGGCUGGAGCGUCGGGUGCUGCAGGUGCAUAUCCCCAGAGCCAGGAGAGCACAUGGGGCGGAGUGUGGGGCUGGGGUGGAGAAGUGGAAGGGGAAGGGGAGGGGCUGGGGGAAGGAGUGGAGGAGGGCGCGGAGUGCGAGGCGACAGGUCGUGGAGCAGAAGCAGCGCCGAUCCCUGCAGCACUCGCAGGGAACCUCACACAGCCUCAGAAGAAGCAGCUAUUCCAGCAACAGCAGCAGCAGCAACAGCAGCAGCAGCAGCAGUCGUCACAUGCGCCAUUCCCUUCACAGAACCCCACAUCACCGCCCAUCUCCCCUCUCACUCCGCUCCAGCCCCUCUCAGGUUCCUCCACUCCCAUGGACGUCUUCUCCCCCCUCUCGCCCCCUGCCCCCGCAGCAGGCUCUGCUGGUGGCACUGGCGGAGUAGGGGCAGGUGCAGGCUGGGGAGGGGGACCUAGUGGCGGUGGUGGUAGGCUGGACUUGGAUGGGCACGUGCAGGGGAAGGGUUCCUUUCCAGGGUCAGAGGAGACGCAUGCGCUAGCCCUAUGUCUUGCCGGUGUAGUGAGGAUUCUCCUCGUGACUGCCCCAGACUCGUUCGUGGGACUCAACUGCUUCCCCCUGCCCCCUCUGGUCUCCUAUGCUGCUCCUGCUAUGGCCAAUUUACCGCCCAUGGAUCAGCUCUUUCCCUCACCAGCCGCUGAAUCUACACUCCAGCCGCCUAGGACUGGAGAUGCUGCUGCUGCUGCUGAUCCCAGCAGCAGCAUGCCAGGCAGCGCAGUAGACACAGCCGCAGUGUGGGCAGACGAAUUGCUGUGUUACUCGGCUCUGGGAGACGUAGUGGAUGGAAUAACCGCCCGCGCAGCAGCUCUCGGAAGCAGUGUGAACCUGUGCGUUCUGCGCACAAACGAGGGGAAAGUGGCAGAGGACCUAGAGUGUGCGUUGCGAGGGCAUGAUGUGGAGGGAGCAAUAAGGUCUCUGUUCCUGGAUGGGGCGUUUAGUGAGCUCUGCUGCGCUUCUCUGGGCGUCGUCAGUGGCCGAAACGCAUCAUCAGUAUCAUCAUCAUCGUCAGCAGCAGCAGCAGCAGCAGCAGCAGCAGCAGCAGCAGCGGCAGCAGCAGCAAGAGGAGGAGAGGGAGGAAGGGGAGGAGCAGCAGCAGUGGGAGCGGACCUGCGAAUGGGGGAGGGUGAAAGAGCAGUAGGAAGGGAGGGUGCAGGGGUGGAAGGGGAAGGUUCACAGGCUGCAGGGAGGGUGGGCUGGAGGAGGGAGUGGAUGGGGGGUGACGCGGUUGCGGUGUGCUUUCUUUUAGAAUGGGUUGUUACUGGUGGGGGGGCGGGGCGGCCUCAAAGGUGGAAGUUUCUACAGCUGUUUGGUGGGAAUGGUAGUGCUAGCAGGGGCAGCAGGAGCAGCGGGAGCAGCAGGGGCAGCAAGGGCAGCAGCGGCAGCAGGCACAGCAAGAAGCAAGGGAGAUCAAGAAAACCUAUGUCUCUCUGUCCUUCCACAGGGCGUGCUUUGCCUCUCUCGGACUAUGCUCGUGUGUGCUUUGCUGUCUCGGUAUUACGCACGUAUGCGUCCAGCUUUCAGCCGCCCAUCUUCUCCUCCCUCUCCCAUGCGGCUGCUGCAGACGUGGCUGCUGAUGCAGGUGCAGGUACGGAUCAAUUCUGCACAGUCAACAGCAGCGUAGCUACAGGGACGGCUGAGCGGGAGGGAGGGGAGGCGGGCAGGGAAGGAGAAGCUAUGGAGCAUGAUGGUUUCGAGGCAGAGAAGGACGAGGGACAGGAGGAAGAGGAGCGGGCGGUGGAGGAGGAGGAGGAGAGGGAGGACGAAGAGGAGGGACAAGGAUGUGAGGAAAAGAGGAGGGAAAACGGUAAGGAUGCGUUGCCUGCUCUGUUGGAGGCAGAGGAGGAGGUUACAGACUUGGGCCUUCACGACUUGAUACUAGAGUGGCUGGAGAAGCGAUACUGCUUUGUGGUGGGAGGUCCAGGUGGGGCAAAGCAGAGGCGGCAGCUGCUGCACGCGCUGCUGUGUGAGCUGGUACAGCAGGGGCUGUUUGGACCAGUGCUUUAUAUGAAGCAGCUGCUAGCAGAUGGUCGAAUGGAGCCUCCUGCUGUUUCAGCUGCUGCUGGAGUAGGAGCAGGGAGAGGAGCAGGUGUUGCUGCCCCUUCUGUUGCGUGGACUGUGGCGUUGCAAGGGCAGGCGUUGGAGCGGUUUUGGGGAACGCAGAGUCACCGGGAGUGCUUGCACCUGCUGCCACACCCACCACAGUUGAUGCGCCUGCUCGCUGCGUUUCCUCAGCAGAAUCAGGAGCAGCUGGAGCAGAAGCGGGAUAGCAGGGCUGGGCCAGGAUCUGAUGGGCUUAGAUUCCAGCAGCAGCAGCAGCAGCAGCAGAUGUUUCCUGAAAGAGGGUUGUUUUCUAGGGUUACUGAGGGUGGGGGAAAUCUAGGCGAAGAAUUGGAGUUAGAGGACGAAUGGGAAGGCAGGGUGGGGGAGGUGCAGGGGAGGUUGAGAGCGAUUGCAGAGGCCGUCUGGUUGUUUGAGACAGAGAGGGUUGUUACUAUGAGGGCUGGAAUCUGGGUGAAAGGAGUGAUGGGAGUGAAGGGGGUGAAGGCAGUGAAAGGAGUGAGAGGAGUGAAGGGAGUGAAGGGAGUGAGAGGAGUGAAGGGAGUGAGAGGAGUGAGAGGAGUGAAGGGAGUGAAAGGAGUGAAGGCAAUGAAAGGAGUGAAAGGAGUGAAGGGAGUGAAAGGAGUGAAAAGAGUGAAAGGAGUGACAGGAGUGAAAGCAGUGAAAGGAGUGAGAGGGAAACCUCGACGAUCGUCUGAUGUCAAGCGAGGAGCAUGUGAGAUUCGGGAGGUACGUGAGUUAGAGAAGAGCAAGCAGCUGGGAAAGGUGAAGAAUGCGGUGCAGAAGAAGAUAAAGACGAAGAAGAAAAAGAAGGCACGGGAGCCGCAGCAGAAGCAGCAGCAGGGUGAUCAAGUUGGUGUGAAGUUUGAGGCAAAGCCAGGGAGAAAGAGGAAAAGAGCGGAGGGUGGGGAGUCAGCAGUAAGGACGGAAGGGCAGCUGGUGAAGAAACGCCUGAAGAUGGUGGGAUCCGAGGGAAGGCAGAAGAAGAGAAGGCGGUUGGAGGAGAAUUCCAGGAAUGAGAAGAAGUGUGCUCAGGGACAGAAGGCUGGUAGAGUGGUUGGGAAGGGAGGGAAGAGGGAAGUGAAGAAGGUGGGGAAGGAGAGUCGAUGUGUAGGGAAGAAGAAAGGUAGAGUAGGGAAACAGGAGUUGUCAUCAGGAAGACAGAAGGUGCAGGUUGAGGAGCAAAGAGAGAAAGUAGGGAAGUUGAAGUUAGGAAAGCGAAAGGUGGAAUUAGGGAAGCAAAAGGCGGAGACUGGAAAGCAGAAGGCGGAGACUGGAAAGCAGAAGACGGAGAGUGGAAAGCAGAAGACGGAGAGUGGAAAGCAGAAGGCAGAGACUGGAAAGCGAAAGGCAGAAUUAGGGAAGCGAAAGGGCAAGGUAGGGAAGCGAAAUGAGAAGGUUGGGAAGCAGAAGGUUAGAAUAGGGAAGCAGAAGAAGUUAGGAAAGCAAAAGGCCGAAUUAGGGAAGCAAAAAGGCAAGGUAGAGAAACGAAAUGAGAAGGCAGGGAAGCAGAAGGGUGCUUUAGAGAGACGGAAUGCAAAGGUAGGAAAGCAGAAGGCGAAGGUAGGGAAGCAAAGGGCAAAGGUAGGGAAGCAAAAGGAGAAGGUAGGAAAGCCAAAGCAGGUGGUGGGAAAGCGGAGAAGGAAGGCAGGCAAGUCAAAGGCUUUGCCACAAGAAGUCGGAGGGAAGAAGGCAAAGCAAAGGUAUUGGCAAGGCAGAAGGGGAGUGAGAGUACGAAUCGGCCGGGGUCGUAUUGCGGAUAGCAAUGGUGGUGGGGGAGGAGGGAGAAGAGAUACUGUGGAGACGUGGGGGGAGAAGCAGUUGAGAAAGGCAGUUUCGAAGCAGCAGAUAGUUACAGUGGACUGUGUGCUAGCGUUGCUUGGGUUUGGGAGGAGCAGAGGAGCAGUGGGGGCAGUGCAGGAGAGCGAAGAGAACACGAAUAACGGAGUGCGACAGGGAGAUGGUCUUGAGUUCUGUGGUGGGAAUGUUUCUACCAGAGCUGCUUUUGCUGCUCAUCCUCCUUCUCCCCGCUUUACUCGCCCUGCUCCAGCUGCUGCUGCUCCUCCUCCUCCUGCUGCUGCUGCUACUGUAGGGGAGAUGUUUUCCUUUCAUAGAGUUGAGGCACGGAUUGGGAAAAACGCCUCUGGUGUGUGGAUGAACGAGAGUGUGAGAGCAGAGGAAGACAAGCGGACAGAUGCAGCCAGGGAGGAGCAAGAGCGAGAGCAGGAGCAAGGGGAGGAGGACGAGGAAGCCUGGUGGCAGAACGAGCGUAUCCGGAGUCAAUGGGAGGGGGAUGCGGCGAACAAGGGAGGAGGCAAACCACGAGGCAAAGCACACACAGGACUAGUGAAGCAGGAAGCGGGUGAGAGAGGAAAGGGUUCCAGUGAUCUGUUUCAAGAGGAACUGGGGAAGGGUUACAAGGCUGCAGGAGAGGGAAGCAAGAGUGGGUCACAGUGGCAGUGGGAGUGGCAGGGGCAGGGGCAGUGGCCAGGGCAAGAAACGCUAGAUGGAAGGGGCAUGAGAACAGGAGCACAUGCACAUUAUAUGACUCAUGCUCACCAACAGAAUCUCCAACCCGACCACAUGGAUGGGCCAACCAAGCCCUUCCCAGCAGCCAAGCUUGACUGUGCCAAAGGCUUAGUGCGCAAACUGCCCUCUUGGCGCUCUGUUACCAAAGCCCUGAACCGGCUCUCUCCGCGCGAUCGCCUCUGUCUCACCCUCCGGCUCACGUCCGCGCUUGUUGGAUCUCUCCCUACAAGGUUCUCUCCUGACGAAAUCCUGCAGGGACCUGUAGGGGUGGUGUUGAGCUGGGUGGAGGAGGAGACGCAGGUGUUGGAAGCAGCAGCUGCAAAAGCCGUUACUCCGUUUUAUAACGCGGAUUCUCCUGCUCCUGCGUCCAGGGAGUCUCUUGAAGGGACGGUAACCGGAGCGACAGCAGGCGAGCACUCGGGAACCGGUGCAGGAGCGGCCGGGAUGGGUGCAGAGGAGUGGGUGGUGGGAGAGGAGGAGUUACAGCAGGUGCUGUAUGUCCUUGAUACGUGCUCCGAUUUCCGUAACCUCACGAGAUUUCUGCUUAUAGUUUUGGCCCUAGCCCGCUCCAGCGAGCAUAGGGGCACCGUGGGGGCAACAGAGCAUGCACUGCUGCAGACCCAACACCCCUCGGAAGGCCAGGUGCCCGGGGGGAAUGCGUCUGGGUAUGGGACUGGUGGUGGGGUCAGUGCGUUCGGCGAGCGUUCGGGUUUUGAGGCUGGUUUGACUGGUGUACCGUGGGUGGUGUCUCGUUUUCAGGGGAGCGUGAGCGCGAGCGCAGCAACUGCAGCAGGAGUAGGAGGUGCAGGAAGUUUGGGGGGAGUGGUUAGCAGUGGGAUCAGCAACAGUGCUGGUGCUAAUGGUGAGCAGACUGCUGCUGCUGCUGCUGCUGCUACUGGUGUCGGUGGUGGCGGUGGGGUGUGUACAGGGUUUCCUGUCUCGGAAAUCAUUCCUAUUCGAGGCCGCGUGGUUGUUAAGUCUUGUGUGCUAGUAGCUUGCCUGGAGCGGUAUGAGUCGGUUUUUGUCUCCCUCGCCCAAUUGCCAUCCCUCCUCUCCCUGCUUCUUCUCAAGGCAAGACAGUCUCUAGCCUUUUGUGCAGUGCAGCAAGUCACUCCCUCUGUUGCUGCUGCUGCUGCUGCUGCAGCUGCAGGUGGCAUAGGCCCUACCCCAGGCGUACCUACCCCUGGUGCUUCUUUUGUAAGCCACCAAACGGGAGCAGCAGCAGCAGCAGCAGCAGCAGCAGCAGGAGGAGGAUGGGGUGGAGGGCGAGGAGGAGAGAGCGGCCCACAGGAGCAAGGGGAGGAAUCGGGCUUGUUUGUCAUGGAUGGGGGGGAUGACAGGGAUUUGCACCACCUAACGGAUUUCAUUGGGCGGUUAUUGCAGCGCUAUGCAUCGUCCUCUCCUGAAGUGAAGGAGUGGGAGGUGGCUGCUAAGGCACAGUCGCAACCGCAGCUGUGGGCUCACAUUGAUGCCGCGAGAAAGCGGGCUGUGAUGGAGGAGGAAGGGAGGGAGGUUGCGGGGAGGGAAGUGGUUGGAGGCGACGCAGAGCGGUUCGGGGUGUCAGGGCCUGGGCUGGGAAAGAGUGGGGGUGUGGGUGGGAAAGCGGGCUUCGGAGAAGGGGAGGCAGGUGCAGUGGAAGCGUCCCUGGAAAGCCAUUUACGAGACGUAUUGCAGAGAUUGCAGUUAAAAGACAGGGAGGAGGAGGCGGCAGAGGUGGAGGAAGAGGAGAAAGAGGAGGAGGAAGCGGAGAAGGAGAAAGGGGGAGGCGAAGAGCGGGACAGGGUUGAUAAGGCUGGUGGAUUUGUUGGGGAGGAUAGGUGGGGGAAACGUGGUUUUGAUGAUGGGAUGGACUGGGAGCACUCAAGGCUAAGUGCAGUGAAGGAGGAAGAAGGGUGGGGUGGGGCCUAUGGCACUGGUGGUGGUGGUGGUGGUGCUGCUGCUGCUGCUGCUGCCGUGGAAACCGAAGGUAAAGCUGCUGGUAACAUGUCAGGGAGGAGAAGGAGGAGCGAGAGAAAGGCUGUGGAAGAAGACUGGGCAGUGAGGAAGGCGCGGAGGAGGUGUGUGAUAGAAGCGGUUACCAAGGAACUGCGGGACGUGUGUGUGGAGUAUGGAGGCAAGGGAGUGAGGGAGAGUGAGCUGUACAGCGCGCUGGCAUGCGCAGUGAUUGCAGGGGCCAGUGAUUCAGUCAGGCGAGUCUUUGAAAGAGCUGAUAAGCAUUGUCGGCUAAAGAAGGCGGCAGUAGAAACAGCAGCAGGCUGUCGGCAGCAUAAGGGCAGAAGAAGAAAAAGCACAUGCAUAGCAGGGCUGUGUGAGAGGUGUGAGAGGGGGGAGAGAGUUAGCGAUUCUGUGGCUGCUGGUGCAAGGGAACGAGUUCUGGAGCACCUGCAGUGCUUGCAGCUGCUGGUAUCCGUACUCCCCUCGCAAUCUGCCCGCCUGCUAGAAAACGCCCUGAUUCAUGCUGCAGGGGAGGCUGUUCGAGCGUCUUGUGGGAGUCAGAGGGGCCCUACCAGUGCCCCUCCUGCCUCCGCUGCUGCUGCUGCUGCUGCUGCCACUGCUGGCUUUACUGGUCUCAGCAGUGGUGGCGGCGGCGGUGGUGGUGGUGGUGGUGCUGCUGCUGCGGCUGGGAGAAGAUAUACGUCUGGUGCUUAUGGGACGUUAUCCCCGGUAACACCUGAUCUCAUCCCGCCUCUGGUACAGGGUAGGAAGGGCACCUCUCUCGCAGUCGCAGGUGAGAGAUACGGAGGGGGCGCAGGGCAGAGUGGGACGGCUGCUGCAGAAGGGGCAGUGAAAUCGGCAGGUGAAGGUGGUGGGGGAACGGAAGCAACGUGCAGGGUGAAGGCUGAGGAGGAGCAGGAAGGAAGGGGCGGGAGCGGAGGAAUGGAGGGAGUGGAAGGAGAGGAAGGAGGUUGGGCGAAAAGGGAGGAGGACACAGAUGGUCCCAUGGGCCGUUCGGUGCAAGUGGAAGAAGGGUUAGGGUUAAGUGCGGAGGGUGAAGGUCAGCCGGAAGGGCAGAGAGAGGGGGGAAGGGAGGAGGUGCAGGCAGAGGGAGAGGGUCUAUCCAGGUUGGACUGGAGCAGGGAGGUGGAACUGGGGGUGGCGUUAUCUGUUGUGGCUCUGGGCACUGUUCAUGGGCUGGUGUCUCUGCCUCGUGCUGUGGCAUCCCUGUGUGCGCCUCAUACCCUUGCGCCGUCAGUAACAGCCAGACUGCAAUGCCUUUCUCCAAGUGAUUUGCUGCAGGUGCGAGAGGUUGAGGAGGGUGCUGUUGAGACAGCCACUGCUGCUGAUGCUGCAGCUGCUGCUGCUGCUGCUGCCGCUGCUGCUGUUCCAGUUGCUGCAGGAGCAACGGCGGUAACAGGAGCAGCAAGGGCGACAGAGGCAGCAGAAGCUGCGGGUGCUCGACUUGCUGCCAAUGCUGUAGCCAAAGAGCAGACAGAGUCUCCAGUGGUAUCAAGGGGCGCAGUGCGGUUGAGACAUGUGGGAGGCACCAAGGAAGAAACCCAGGGUAUCAGGACACGGGGGGCAGAUCGUUCCCUUGGUCCAGCAGCAGCAGGAUUGGGUUUGACUAACCCACUUUCUAGACAGUCAUCCAUAGUUAAGCUUAGGCAGGGCCGUAGAAGAUCCAGGUCGGGUGCGAGAGAGCACGAGAGCGGGGGACCGGGCGUUGCGGGGCGGCAGCAGGUGGUGGGUGGGGAGAGCAAGGAGGAGGACGAUGAAGGGGAAGGGGAGGAGGAGCGGUGGCAGUGUGACGUGUCUCAGCUUCUGUGGCUGCGUGUGCUGCUUGGAUCACACCGGCAAGAGCCGCAGAAGAAGGAGAAGGAGAGGCAGGGCCGCCAGUGCAGACGAAGCAGGAAGAGUAGACGGGUCGAUGUGUCAGCAAAGGCAUCAGGCUCUGCGGCGGCUGCUGCUGCUGCUGCUGCUGCCUCACCUGCGGCGGCUGCUGCUGCUGCUGCUGUCAGUGGUGGCGAUACGCUGGCACUCCAUCGCACGCAGACCUCUCUCCUCUCCACCCGCUUCCUCUUCUUCUCUGUAUAUCCCCUCUUUGCUGCUGCGCUGCAUGCACGUGCAGCGCACAGGGCAGCGAAGGAGGUGGAAAGGAGGGGAAGAAGGGGAGAGGGAGAGGCUGGCAAGGGAGAGAUGAGGCAGGAAGAAGGUCGGUUAGGUGGUGGGGAUGGAGCGGUUGCUGAGGAGAGGGGCGACGCAACGUCAACAGCAGCAGCAGCAGCAGCAGCAGCAGCAGCAGCAGCAGCAGCAGCAGCAGCAGCAGCAGUGUUGCCAGCGCCAGCAGCAGUGGUUGCUGGCGAUAGCAGUAUAGUCCUUUGGAUUCCACCUAGGGCCUGCUCUGAUGAAGCACUGCUGGCAGUGGUACCGCUAUGGUGCCGCCAGUUCCUCCUCUCGAUACUGUCCCAGCGGCUACUGUCACCCCGCGUCCGAGUCAGAUCACACGGCGGGCACAGGGAACGGAGAGAAGGGGUUGAACAAGAGCAACGGGAACGAGGAGAGAAGGGAGCACAAGGAGAAUGGGAGGAGAAAGAGGAACAGGGAGCUUGCAGGCACAGCACGGGCAGGAGGAAGCCGGACGGGAGGGAGCAGGUUUUGGGGGGGAGCGGAGGGCUGGGUUGGGAAAGGGAGGUGCAUGGAGUGGAGGGUGUGGGGCGAGGGGUGGGUGAUGCGUGGAGGAACGGAGAGCAGCAGGUGCUUCUGAUGGCUCUGUUGGAAAGUCUGGAUCCUGCAACUCUGCCUGUUCACAGAGUGCUUUCUCGCCUGCUCCUGGCAGAACAGGUGUGUGAGGAGCAGGUGCAAACAGGUGCAUCUCUCCUGUCCGCCUUCCAGUCAGCUCUCUGCCUCAGCCCCUUAUACGGAGCAGCCUGCGAGAAAGCCGUCUCCGCGUCCCACCACCACAGCCAAGCAGCGUCCGUUGCAGGAGCAGCAGCCUCAGCGGCAGCAGCUAAAGGAUCAGGGGUUAUAGACCUUACCGGUGACGGUAACAGCGAGGGCAGCAGGCCUUUGCGGGUUGGGCAAGGGCAGGGAGGGUUUGGGGGAGCGGGCGGGGUGGGAGGUUUAGGUGUAGGUGCAGGGAUGGGAUGGGAUACAGGAGAUGUGUUGCCUCCGGAUGGUGUGUGGGAGAGUGAGAAGGGGUUUGCAGGUGCGGUGCUGUCUCGGGUGGUUGCUCGAGACGUUCUAAGUGGUUCUGUUACAGUCUCCUCCAUACGUCCGAUCUCUCAUCGUCUCAGCGCUCUUGCUCCCCCCCUCCCCAAAUUCAUCCUUCGUCGCUCCUCCCCACACCGGAGAAGGGGCAGACGAAAAAGAACUGCUGCUGCCGCCGCUGCUACUGCUGCCGCUGCUACUGCUAUUGCUACUGCUAUCGCUACUGCUGCUGCUCCUUCUGGUGGGAUUGGUGGGGCAGCGGAUGAUCAAGUUGUUGUUCCUGCUGGUGGUCCCGCAGGGAAGGUGGAGGGUAUGUCUGCAAGAGAGGAAAAAGCCAAGGAAGGAGCAGCAGCCGCAGCCGCAGCAGCAGGAGUAGUAGCAGCAGCUGAUUCAGGUGCAGUUAAAUCUGAUGCACCAACACAGGUCUUGCCUGGGGAAAGGGGGACGACAGAGGCGCAAGAAGAGGGUGUUGGUAAGGAAAGGAAGGGAGUGAAGCUGGGAGAGUCGGUAGCAGGGGAGGAGGGCGAAGGGGGUGCGAAAAGGAUGGUCAAUGGGGAAGUGCGUGGUGUGCCUUGUACAGAGAUGGAGGGGCUUGAAGGGCCUGGGGUUUCAACACAGGCAGAUAAGGAUGGGGCAGCGGGAAUGGGGGCGGUGGGUGGUGCACGAGAGAGAGAGGAAGGGGCACGUGAAAGUGACCCCAUGGGUAAGGCUGUGGACAAAAUAACUGCAGAUGGAGGUGCAGGGAGCGAGGAGAAGGGAGGCAGAGGAGCAGGUGUGGUUGUGAAGGUGGGAGGUGACGGAGGGAAGGAGGAUGAAAGUGGGAGUGGCCGGGGUAUAGGGCCUGUGAGGAUGGGUGAGGAAGCAAGGGAGGCUCCGCUUGUGUCUGGGAAUGGGUUGGGAGAGAUGACGAGCGGUGCUGGGUUCGGAGAAGGGAAGGUUGGUUCAGUAGCAGGCAGAGGGGUGGAGGGAAAUGAGGGAGACAGGGCGGGAGGGGAUGGGAGAGAGGGAGGAGCGGUGGGGAACGGUGGGAGGGGUGAAGAGGGAGUGGUGUACAGUCUGCAUACAGGGCCUGAUUUAAAGCUGGAUGGAGAGCAAGGGGGAGUGAAGAGAGAGAACAAGGAGGAGGGGAUGAUUAAGGUUGUGGGAACAAAGGAGCAGCAAGGGAAUGGAGUUGUGGGGGUGGAAGUGGAUAGAUUGAAGAAUGGGGCAGGUGUGGAGGCAAGGGGAGGGCUUGAAAACGCAGCAGAGAAAGAGAGGGUGGGAGGUGAAUCGGCAGAUGGGAAAGAGGCAGAAGGCGCAAGAUUACUUGUGAAGGAAGAAGAGGAGGUUGAUGUAGAUGACGGGGACAUGUAUGAUGGGGAGCAAUUGGGGAAAGGGAAGGGGGAGAGGGAGAUGGAGAUGGAAGGGAUAGAGUUGAAACACAGUGCGGUUGAAAGGGGUGCGGAGCAGAAGCGUGGCACAGGGCUGGAAGGCAGGGAGGGAGGAGGUGAAGAGAAGAUGGAAACUGAUGAUGAUGGGGGGGGGGAUGGGAUUGGUGGUGAUGGCAACGGUACUGCUUUUCCUGAUCACAAGGAUGGUAACGUUUGUGCUGGUGGGGAUAGGGCUUUUGAUCCUGAUGGUGUAGUGGAUUCUGAGCCGACAGAGAGCGAGGCGGAGAAUAACGUUGGGGAUGGUACCGAAGGGGCAGAUGAAGUUGGAGAUGCAGAGACCGGGGCGGGGGAGGGCAGCAAGGGGCAAGCAGGCAGGCUGGCAGAAGGGGAUGAGGAGUUACGGCCAGUGGAAGGGCGUGGCAGCAAGGGUGACACGUCGCCUGGGGAGAACCUUGGCGAAGGGAAAGGGGACGGGGAUGAGAAUGGAGAAGGGGAAGGGGAGGGGGAAGGGGAAGCAGAAGAGGAUGGGGAAGAGGAGCGGAAAGGAGAAGCAAAAGGGGAAAAGGAGGAGGAGCGAGAAGCGGAAAGAGGAGGAGAAGGGGAAGGGGAAGGGGAGAAGGGGGAAGGGGAAGGUAGAAGCUCAAAGAAAUCCUCUUCUACCACUCGAUCUCCUCCAAAAUCCUCUCCUGCAAAAUCGUCCCAAUCGGCCUCGUCCUCCUCUGGCUCCUCGAGCUCGUCUUCGUCUUCUGGUUCCUCGUCCUGUGCACAGUCAGGGCAGGAUGGGGUUGAGGAGGAAGAGGAGGUGGAGGUGGGCGAUGUGCGGGAUCGGCAGCAAGAGCAAGAGCAAGAGCAUGAGCUUGAGCAGCAGGAGCGGCAGGAGGAGGAAGAGGAGGAGAAGCAGGAGCAGGAUCAGGAUCAGGAGCAAGAGCAAGAGCAGCAGCAGGAGGAGGAGGAGAAGCAGGGGCAAGAGCAGGAGCAGGAGGAGGAGGAGGAGGAGGAGGAGGAGGAGGAGCAGGAGCAGCAGGAGCAUCAGGAGCAGCAGGUGGAGGAUGAGGAGCAAGAGCAGCAGGAGCAUCAGCAGGAGCAGCAGGAGCAGCUGCAGCAGGAGAAAGUCGGGCAGGAGGGACAAGAGGAAUGGAUGGAGGGGGGUUUAGCUGAGCAAGGGCAGGGAGAGGAGCAUGCAGUAGGGGAGAGAGGAGACGAGGGGAACAAUGAAGAGCGGAUGGAGGAAAGAGGUUUUAAGGGAAAUGAUUUUGAGAAGGAUGGGCAUGCGGUUAUUUUAGGGGAGCUUUUUGGUGAAGAUCCGGGGAUGGAUGAUGCGAGUGAGGGGGGAGAGAAUGCUAGUGGGGGGGAAAGUACGAUACAGUCAUGGCAGGAGCAUGGGAAGGAUGGGGGGACGGUUGACGGAAACGCGUGUCUGGGGGAGGGGAUAGAGGGAUCGGCGUGGGAGAGAGAAGACGAGGAAGGUGUGGAGGAGGAGGAGGAUGAGGAGGUGGAGAUGGAAGGGAAGGAGGUGGGGGAAGAGGAAGUUCGGAAGGGGAUUAGAGAGGAGAGAAUGGGAGAAGAGGGGAGAGAGGGGGAGGGGGUUGGGAUUGAGGAUCUGGGGCAGUGUUUAAAGCAAGACGGUAUGAUGGAUGUGGAAUGGGGGACAGGAGCGGCUGACUGGGAGGGGAAAGGAGUGGAGUUGCAGCAUAUGGAAAGCGAGAGUAGGGUGAGUUUGGGUGACCGGGUGAGUGCAGGGGAGGGCGGGGAGGAGCUGGGGAAGGAACAUGUGACUGAAGAGGAGGGAGUGGAGGAAGAGGAAGAAGAGGAGGAGGACGAUGAGGAGGAAGAGGAGGAGGACGAGGAUGAGGAGGAUGAGGAGGAGGGGGAGGGGGGGAAGGAGGAAAAGGGAGAGGAAGAGGCAGGGGAACAGCAUGAACAGGAUCUUGGGCAGGAGGGGGAGGAGGGGUUUCAGGAUCAUAUGGAUGACUGUGUUGGGGGAGGGGAGAUGGAGAUGGACGAUGGAGGAGAGGGAGGGGACGUGAAGAAUCAGGAAGUGGGUAGAAGUGAAGACAGAGAGUCGAGGGAAGAGCAUAGAAGCUAUGCAAGUAUGGAGCAGCUGGGGUUGUUUGGGGAGAGUGAUGAGGGUGGUAUGAUGAGUUACCAUGGGGAGGAGGACGAGGUGGAAGGAAUGGGUGGUGCUGCUGGUGAAGGUGCUGAUGUGGAUGGCGGUGAUUAUAGUUACGGGGAAGGGAGGACAGGUGGUGAAGAGUUCGGGUUGCAGGAGGGUUAUCAAGGUGCUUUGGGCAGUGGGGAGGGCAUGGGUGCGUUUAUGUUGGAAGGAGGGGAGAUGGGUGAAGAGGUGGGAGGAGAAGGGAAUUUAGGGAGAGAUGGGCUGUGGACUGAGGAGCAUCAUGUGUUGGUGGUGGAAGGGAAGGAGGAGAGGGGGAUGAAACAGGUGCUCGAUGUUCAAAUGGUGAGCCCUUGUGAGGAGAGAGUGGAUGAGGAGGAGGAGAAGGGAGGAAGAGAGUGGAUGGAGAUGGAGGAGGGUGGUUGGAGGAAAGGGCUGGAUAGUGAGGAGAAGCUGGGAGGAAACGGGGGGAUGGAGACCGGCGGUCGUAUUGAAGAGACAGUGGUGGGUUUAGAGAGGCAGGGGGGCGGAAUUUGUGGCAGUGAAAGGAGAAGAGAGAGCGUGUAUAUGGGGAACAAAGGCAAAGUGAUAGAGGAAGGGGGUUCAAAGGAGGAGGAUAGGGAGGAUGAGUGGUGGGAUGGCUGGGGAGAUAGUGCAUGGUGUGACGAGAGCGAGGAAGAGGGUGAGGUUUGGUGGAGUGAUGAGGAGGAUUUUGAGAAAGAUGCUAAAAGGGGUACCAGAGGAGAGAGGAUAGUCGUGGAAAGGGCUCUCUCGGGCCGAUCCAGAGGCAAGGGAAAGGGCUCUGGGGUGAAGGCGAAGCGCGCAAGGAGGAGGAAAGGCAGAGUAGAAGAGAGAGGAGGGACAAAGGCACGGAAAGCUGGGCGUGGUCACCUGAAAGGCGUUGCCGGCUCUGUGAGAGGUGGUGGGAAAGGUAACAGCGAAAUGGCAGGGGAUGCUGAGAUGAAUGAGGCAGAAGGUGCUGGAGUUGCGGCUGCAGGGGGGGGUUUAGAGGGGUUUAAGACAGAGUAUUCCCUUGGGUCGGGCAAUGCUGGUGGGGAUUGCGCUGGGUGGCAAGGCAUUGAAAGUGGUGCAGAUGGUGUUAGUGCGAAGGGAAUGGAGGCUGGGGAUGGUGGUGUUUUGAGGGAGGGACGAGGUGAGAGUAUGCCGGGAGAGGGGAGGGGAAAGGAGGUGGGAGGAGAUAUGGAGUGUGGGGGGGGAGGAGGAGGAGCUGCUGGUAUAGAAACAACUGUAUCGGAUGUAAGUGAAGGAGAAGAGGAUGAGGAGGAAGAGGAUGAGGAAGAGGAGGAGGAAGACGAGGAAGAGGAGGAAGAGGACGAGGAAGAGGAGGAAGAUGAGGGGGAAAAAGAGGAGGAGGAGGAGGAAAAAGAGGAGGAGGGGAAGGAAAAAGAGGAAAAGGAGGAGGAGGAGAAAGAGAGAGUUAAGGUGAAACAAGAAGAGACGAUGGAGGAGGGGGAGGAGGAUAGUGAGGAGGAUGCGGAGAGUGAGGAGGAUGAGGAGAGUGAGGAGGAGAGUGAGGAGGAUGAGGAGAGUGAGGAGGAUGAGGAGAGUGUGGAGGAUGAGGAGAGUGAGGAGGAAGAGGAGGGGGAGGAGGAGGAGGAGGAGGAGGAGGAGGAGGAGGAGGAGGAGGAGGAGGAGGAGGAGGAGGAGGAGGAGGAGGAGGAGGAGGAGGGGAGGGGGGAAGAGGAGGAAAAAGUGGAGGAGGAAGAGAAAGCUGAUUUAAAAGAAGAGAGGAUGGAGGGGGAGGGAGAGGAGGAGGAAAAGGAGGAUGAGGAAAAGGAGGAAGAGGAGGAGGAGGAGGAGGAAAAAGAGGAGGAUGAGGAGGAUGAGGAGGACGAGGAAGAGGAGGAUGAAGAGGAGGAAGAGGAGGUGGAGGAGGAGGAGGGAAAGGCAGAAGGGGAGGAGAGUGAGGGCAGUGCAAGUACUUCAGAUGAUUCUGACGAGGACUGUGAAUUGCAGAACGAAGCUAAAACUGCUCUGGAAUUUUGGGGGUUCUUGUGGGAUGGGGAUGGGGAUGGGGCGGGGGAUGAAUCGAGUGAGGCAUGGGAUGAGUCUUAUGAUGAUGAUGUUUUGGAAGAGGGGGAAGAGGAGGAAGAGGAGGAGGAAGAAGAAGAGGAGGAGGAAAACGAGGAGGAUGAGGAGGACGAGGAAGAGGAGGUAGAGGAGGAAGAGGGGGAGGAAGAGGAGGAGGAAGAGGAGCAAGAGGAGGAGCAAGAGGAGGAAGGGGAGGAAGAUGAGGAGGAAAACGAGGAGGAAAAAGAGGAGGAGGAAGAGGAGGAAGGGGUGGAGGAAGGGGAGGAGGAGGAGGAAGGGGAGGAGGAGGAGGAAGAGGAGGAAGAGGAAGAGGAGGAAGAAGAGGAGGAUGAGGAAGAGGAGGAAGAGGAGGAGGAGGAAAACGAGGAGGAUGAGGAGGACGAGGAAGAGGAGGAAGAGGGGGAGGAAGAGGAGGAGGAAGAGGAGCAAGAUGAGGAGGAAGAGGAGGAGGAAGGGGAGGAAGAUGAGGAGGAAAAAGACGAGGAGGAGGAGGAAAAAGAGGAAAAGGAGGAGGAGAAAGAGAGAGUUGAGGUGAAACAGGAGAAGAUGGAUAAGAGUGAGGAGGAUGAGGAGAGAGAGAAGGAUGAGGAGAGUGAGGAAGAUGAGGAGAGUGGGGAGGAUGAGGAGAGUGAGGAGGAUGAGGAGAGUGAGGAGGAGAGUGAGGAGGAUGAGGAGAGUGAGGAGGAUGAGGAGAGUGAGGAGGAAGAGAGUGAGGAGGAUGAGGAGAGUGAGGAGGAGAGUGAGGAGGAUGAGGAGAGUGAGGAGGAUGAGGAGAGUGAGGAGGAGGAGAGUGAGGAGGAGGAAGGGGGGGAGGGGGAGGGGGAGGAGGAAGUGGAGGAGGAGGACGAGGAGGAGGAAGGGGAGGAGGAAGAGGAAGGGGAGGAAGAAAAAGAGAGAGUUGAGGUGAAACAGGAAGAGAAGAUGGAGGAGCGGGAGGAGAGUGAGGAGGAUGAGGAGAGUGAGGAGAAUGAGGAGAGUGAGGAGGGUGAGGAGGAGGAGAGUGAGGAAGAUGAGGAGAGUGAGGAGGAUGAGGAGAGGGAGGAGGAUGAGGAGAGUGAGGAGGAGAAGAGUGAGGAAGAUGAGGAGAGUGAGGAUGAGGAGAGUGAGGAGGAUGAGGAGAGUGAGGAAGAGGAGGAGGAGGAGGUGGUGGUGGAGGAGGAAGAGAGGGGGAAGGGGAAUGAGGAGGAGGAGGAGGAGGAGGAGGAGGAGGAGGAGGAGGAGGAGGAGGAGGAGGAGGAGGAGGAGGAGGAGGAGGAGGAGGAGGGGGGGGGAGGAGGAGGGGGAGGAGGAAAAAGAGGAGGCGGAAGAGGAGGAAAAAGAGGAGGAGAAAGAGAAUGUUGA